AUGAGGCAGGCCUUAAUCACACUCUCCACCACUCCACCGUUGCAUCGGAUCGUCAGAUCGCCGGCCAAAUCUGAUGGGCCGACCGUCGCAGCAUGUACAGGAGACGGCACUAGCGCAUGGAUAGGCCAGAAUCAACAAGUAACCGACGCAGACAAGAAUGCUACACACACUCAGAGGCCGAAAUGCACUGACGGAGUUGUCUGUGGGUCCUCAGACGGUUUCACAUCGGACUCCAAGUAUGUCUGUAUGAAUGCAUUUUUCUGGUUCGAGUUGAGUCCAGCCAGUUUAGGCGAAUUUGCGCCGAUCAGACUCAGCUUCGGAAAAGGCCUGCUCGCGCCAGCGACUAUUUUAAGCCCAAUUUGUCAGGACUUGUGCAAGGCUCGUAAUGCUGUGGUGCCUCCGCCUGGUAAAAUCGAGUCUUCAAGGCUGCCAGAUAACGGAUUGGGUGUGAUUAUUGCUCAAACGGGCGUUUGA